UCUAAGGGUUGUAGUAAUAGGAUAGUUUUUCAGUGCGUUUCUGCUAUAUAAAGAAGGAGAUCAUGCCUCCUCAAGUGGAUCCCGUCCCCAGCGGAGUAGUCUUCGAGUCAGACACUCAGACCACGGACCUCGGUCUCGCCAAAGAUGUAUCAGUACUGAAGCACGCGAGUCCAAGGAAACAUGAAUAUGUAUGGUUCAAUAUAUUCUGGUUCCUGUACCUUCACAUCGCGUCACUUUAUGGAUUGUAUCUCGUUUUUACUUCGGCGAAAUGGCAGACUAAUGUGUUUGCAUUCGCCGUCCAUCUUAUGUGCGCCAUAGGAAUCGGCGCAGGAUCUCAUCGCCUUUGGACACACAGAUGUUUCAAGGCUCGCACUCCUCUCCGCAUAGUGCUCAUGUUAUGGCAAACUAUGGGUUUUCAGGACUGCAUAUUCGAGUGGGCGCGUGACCACCGCACUCACCACAAAUACGCGGACACUGAUGCCGACCCCCACAAUGCGGAGAGAGGCCUCUUCUUCUCUCACAUGGGCUGGCUUUGCUGCAAGAAGAGUCCUGAAGUCAUCGAAGGAGGCAAACGCAUUGAUCUCAGCGAUUUGUAUGCCGAUCCUGUUGUCAUGUUCCAGAAGAAGCACUACAUGAAAAUGAUGCCUCUCCUCUGCUUCGUGCUUCCCACCGUGGUGCCGGUCUACUUCUGGGGCGAGACCUGGAUGAACGCGUUCUUCAUUCCCACCAUCCUGAGGUACACUUGCGGCAUCAACGUUGUCUGGAGUGUCAACAGCUUCGCUCAUACCUUCGGAUACAGACCUUAUGACAAGUCACUGAACCCUCGUGAGAACAUUGGAGUGUGGAUGAUCUGCGUGGAAGGUUUCCACAACUACCACCACACUUUCCCAUGGGACUACCGUGCGACUGAACUUCCCCUGUACAACAUGCUCACACCUACCAUCGUGUUCAUCGAGCUCAUGGCAAAGAUUGGGCAAGCAUACGACUUGAAAUACGUGUCCCCCGAAAUUAUCAAACAGCGUGCACACCGUACUGGGGACGGCACACAUCACCUAUGGGGUUGGGACGACCCUGAAUUCACCGAGAAACUCAAAGAAAAAUACGGCGCGGUCAGCCACAGUGAAGACAGGAAACAAGCAUAAUUUAUCUGUCUCCCCCCAUUUACUUUUAAUGAAGACUGUAGUAGAUUAAUGGUGUACAAUUUCUGAACCGAAUGUAUUAGCGUAAGUAAGCAAAAUAAUGAAUUGAAUAAAGAUUAUUUUUUUCAAA